AAAUCCUGCCUGCCUCUUCUCCGACCCGCCGCGCCGCGCCUCCCCCACACCCGUCUCCGGCGAGAUCACCCGCGGCGGCACGCGGAGAUGACGACUUCAAGGCGUCUUGCUGACAGGAAGAGCGCCAAGUUCCAGAAGAACAUCACGAAGAGGGGUUAUGUGCCUGAGACUACUGUUAAGAAGGGAAAUGACUACCCUGUUGGACCUUUGGUGCUUGGAUUCUUCAUUUUUGUGGUCAUUGGAUCAUCCUUGUUUCAGAUAAUCAGGACGGCGACUAGCGGCGGUAUGGCUUAAACGGAGCCAGAAUUAGAAAUUUAUCGAAGUGUUUGGGAACUGGGAGGCAGUACAUCUGUUCUGUAGCAAACUUGUUCCGGGAUGAUGCCAUGUGUUUGAAUCUUGCUUUUAUUUCUUGUUGUUGGAGUAUCAAGAGUUAAAAGACUAAACUAGGUGUCUCGAAUCAUGCACAGGUUGAAAGUUUAAAGAUACAAUAGAACCUUAAUAUCGAGAAUAGUUACUAUAA